AGCUGGGCGCGCGGAGGGGUGAGGUGGGUGGCGGGAGAAGGAACAACUGACGGAAAACAAGAAAGUGAGAGAGAAGAUGCCGGGCCUAAUCGCCGUGAGCGAGUUCGUCGAAGAGACGCGGGAGGACUACAACUCGCCCACCACAUCCACCUUCGUCUCACGAAUGCCACAGUGUAGGCAAACCAUCACGUCCCUCGAGGAGACCUUGGAUUUCGAUAGAGAUGGUCUCACGAAGCUUAAGAAGGCCAUCAAAGCUAUCCACAACUCCGGAAAUGCUCACGUGGACAACGAGGUGUACUUAGGAAGGGCGCUGGAGAGACUCGGCGACGCCGCUCUGAAGGAACAGGAACCGGACAUAGGCGCGGCGUUUCUCAAAUUCGCGGUGGUCACGAAGGAGCUGAGCGCCCUCAUGAAAACCCUGAUGCAAAACAUCAACAACAUCGUGAUGUUUCCACUGGACUCGGUGCUGAAGGGCGAUCUGAGGGGCGUGAAGGGGGACCUGAAGAGGCCCUUCGAGAAAGCCUGGAAGGACUACGAGGCCAAGUAUGCGAAAAUCGAGAAGGAGAAGAAGCAGCACGCGAAGGAGGCCGGUCUUAUUCGUACGGAGGUCACGCCUGCCGAGAUCGCCGACGAAAUGGAAAAGGAGAGACGGUUGUUUCAGUUGCAAAUGUGCGAGUAUCUGAUCAAAGUGAACGAGAUCAAAACGAAGAAGGGCAUCGAGCUGCUGCAGCAUCUAGUCGAAUAUUAUCACGCGCAAACAAAUUACUUUCAGGAUGGCUUAAAGACCAUCGAACACUUCGGCUCGUAUGUGGCCGACCUCAGCGUGAAGUUACAAAAAAUCAGGCAGACGCAGGACGAGGAGAGGCGACGACUAACGGAACUCAGAAGUCUUCUUAGGAGCUCCGGAUGUGAUAAAGAGCUGAACGCGAACGCGAACGCGGGCUACUCGCUGCACCAGCUGCAGGGUGACAAGCAGCACGGCGUCACGCGGUCCGGCCACCUGCUGAAGAAGAGCGAGGGCAAGAUGAGGCGAGUCUGGCAGAAGAGACGGUGCGCCGUGCAGGCGGAGGGCUACCUCGAUAUCUGCCACGCGGACGAGAACAAGCCGCCCACCCGGGUGAACCUAUUGACCUGCCAGAUCAAGUUAGUGCCGGACGACAAGCGAGGCUUCGAUCUCAUAAGCUACAAUAGGACGUACCACUUUCAAGCGGAGGACGAGGCGGACCAGCGCGCGUGGAUGUCGGUCCUGGUGAAUUGCAAGGAACGCGCCCUGCUGCGGGCGUUCGACGCGAGCGGCAAGGCGGAGGCCGGCAGCGGCAAUCCCAGCCUCGUCGAGCUGCAGCAGGCCGUCAUACGAUGCGUAAUGCGGUUACCCGGAAACGAUCAGUGCUGCGAUUGCUCUUCGCAGAAUGACGCCACGUGGCUGUCGACGAACUUCGGCAUAAUAGUGUGCAUAGAGUGCAGCGGCAUCCACCGGGACUUGGGCGUGCACAUAUCGCGAAUACAAUCCCUCACGCUGGACAACGUCGGCACCGCUCAGUUGCUGCUCGCGCGACACAUGACCAAUCAGGCGUUCAACGAGGUGAUGGAGGCGACGUUACGUCACAAUCUCAAGCCGUCGCCGACGUCGACGAUGGAGGAGAGGUACGAAUUUAUACGCGCCAAAUACGUGGAUAAGAGAUACGUGAUGAACACGUGCGCGGACGAGCGUGAUCUACUUUCCGAUUUGGAGCACGCCGUUAAUAACCGCGACCUGCAGCAACUUCUGCAGGUCUACGCCGAGAACGUGGAUCUGGCCGCGCCGUUGCCAACAUCGGAUGUGGGCGAGACCGCGUUACAUUUAGCCAUUCUACGCGAGAUGGGCAGCAGUCUGCACAUCGUGGACUUCUUGGUACAAAACAUGCCGAGCGGCGGUAUCGACAGGGCAACUAUUGACGGCGAAACGGCGCUGCAUCUUUCCGCGCGACACGACAGAGCGGAGGCGAUGAAGCUGCUUCUGCGAGCUGGCGCGGAUCCCGCGUCUCGGAACAAACAGGACAAGACUCCGCUGGACAUUGCGCAGGAAAUGGGCCACCAUACAUGCAAGGAAUUGUUAAGUCACGCUCUGCAGAGGCAGAAGACGUUAUUCGACAACGUGAAUAUCGAUUGGAAUCUUUCUCACGAUGAGGGUUCCACGGACUUCUCCGACGACGAAACCAUAAUAGAAGAUCGGAACGGAUGCCUGACACCCGAGAAGAAAUCACGCAGCAGGCCACCGUCGUACGCCGGGGGCGGCGGAACAGGAUCGGGCGAUUCGCCGGUGACGCUGCGCAGUCGGAGCAGCACCUGCGACAGUUUGCAGAGCGGGUCGUCGCCGAGCGCGUCGACGAAUCGCCAGCAAAUGCCGCCGCCACCGCCGCCGCAGGCGAGGAAACCCGUGGCCGUGCCCACCCCGAUGGCGCCGGACAUCUCAAUGAACAUGAACAUUCACGGCUCGCUGAAGAAGCGGGUGGCGCCGCCACCGCCGCCCGCCGGGAGCGCCGUCGGCAGCGGCAUCGUCCUGCCAUCGUCGCACUACGGUACGCUACCCACGCUGGCUACGUCGACGCACAGUCGUACGACCAGCGAACCGAUUUUAGCCGGCCACACUUUACACACUCUACCGCAUACGUUGAACACACUAAAUAGCCAACAUCAUAAGAGAUCACCGAGCAGCGACUCGUCAAGCGGACACGGCAUGGACAAGGCGAACAGCUCGACGUUGCAGAGACCGCGAAACCCGCCGCCCCCGGCGCCGUCCGGCGUCGCGGCCAGACUGAGCAACGGACGGAGCAGCGAGUCCCUGAGUUCCAUGUGUUCGGAUCACGGUCUCGGAAAUCCCAUUCCGCCACCGCGAAAGCGAAGGGACCGGUCCAGGCUAGAGAGCUACGCCGAGGAGCCUUCAUCUUUGCUCCCAAAUCUGAAUCUGCCGACGUCGUCGACCUUGAGCGGCCUCCGACGUUGCCGGGCCUUGUAUGACUGCGAGGCCGACAACGAGGACGAGCUCUCGUUCCGCGAGGGCGAGGUCAUCAUCGUGACGAACGAGCAGACCGACGACGACAACUGGAUGGAGGGUGCGUUGGAACGCGCACCGGAGCGGCGGGGCAUGUUUCCAAUCAGUUUCGUCCAUAUGCUGCAGGAUUAACAUUCGGUAAGCCUGAACUCGUUGGCGAGCAUCACCAGCACUGCCACCUCGAUGAGCGUCGCCAGCCUCGGGCGGAGAAGCUGGCUGAGAAAGCCGAAGGAGUGAACGCGCCCGUUCGAGCCAUCUCCGUUUCCGCCGUCUCUUUAGAGCUCGGUGGCAGCCAUAAGCGUCCGAAGGAGGGAACGUUAGACGUCAAUGAGAGAGCCGUUACCAAGUGAAAAAUUACGUCUACAUUUUAAGUCUCGUUUCUCAUGAAUAUGUAUCAAAAGUAUAGGAAAUGUUCCAUAGAGAGGAUAAAUUAAUAUUCAUAAAGUAAAAUGAGAGUGCAUCAACAGAGGCAAUUUUGAUCACAUAAAUCACAUAAAUGUUUCAAAAACUCGAGCGCGAACAGUAGUAUAAUUAUUUUUUUUUUUUUUAACGCAAGACAAAUUUCUCAGUUAACCUUUUUCGUUUCUCUCUGCGAAGAAAAAACUAUUCGAACGAGACGAUAAAAUUCUGUUAUCUCAAAGUAAUUAUAAGUGCGAAAGAUUCUAUGUUCACUAACUAGUUUGUGUUAUAUUUUAUUCAACAGUUUACAUGUGAGUUUGCGUCUUAUCGUCCAGCGGGUUUUUCUGUAAUUUAUUUAUUUUCCGAACACUAAAAGAUUCCGAGGCUCUUUUUCUCCAACGAUUCGCAGCAGAAUUCUCUCCGCUGAUGCAGCGCUGUUUCAUUUUAUGAUAUUUUAAGACUUUUUAAAUCGAUUGAGUACUCUAAGAAAUUUCAAUUCGUUCUCUUGUCAUGUAUGAUGCAACGUUAUAUCGAGAUCUAAGGAAGGAUUGUUCUAAGGAAGUUACAAAAUAAAUUUUGAUUUGCCGUCUUGAUUCAAGUAGACAUCUUCAAGAUCUUACAAUGAGCCAUAAUCAAUAAAUACGUCGUAGAUUGUGCUAACUGCGUAACUAAAAAAAAAAAUGGUGUGUUAGCUCGGUAUUAGUGUCUUACGCUGGAUGACAAUCAUAUCGAGAUCUUCGAAGAAUGAAUGUUACCGUCGACAAUGAAUACUCGGAAAUUUCGUCUUGUCAUCCAGACACUUAUUGUAAUGCAGCGGAGUUUAUUUUUUUCUCGAAAUGAUUCUUUAAAAAAAAAACUGAUUGUACAAACGCAGGAUGUUGGCAUUCACGGGUUUCCGGUGUUUGUCGAAGAAUGUUGUAUCUGAAGAGUUUAUACGUAGAGAUCUUAUUAUGUACUCGUCUACUCAAAUAUUAUAACACGGUACGCAAAAAUAUAAUCUAGUUGCAAGUUAGAAAUCCGGCUGACAAAGUAUAAUGCGACGUCGGAAAUGGCGUCAGUAAACACACGCGUCGUGCAUCGCUGACGUUAAAAAUCAGAAUUUAAGAUUGAACUCCCGGUUGCUGAACCGCGAUGCUAAAAAAAAAUGUGAUAUAUGAUAUUUCAAAAUGAAUUAGUAGUACUAUGAAGUAACGCAUUAAUGAACAAAUUGUGAGUCAAAUGACAUUUUCCAUACCAAAUGGUUAACGAGAUAACGUAGAUUUUAUCCAAAUGCAUUCAACUUAUAUUACGAGAGAUGUUCUUAAAAGCAAAAAAUACAAACAAGCAUCUUUCCCUAUUGACAGAUAAAAAUUAAUAAUAAAUAUUUAACAAUAAAUAAUUAUAUGUAGCUAUAGCUAAAGAAAUAUACAGAGGACUCGAGUAGAAAAGUAUGAGCUUUCGAUCAUAUUAAACAUGUCUGGGAAAUCCUGUAUAAUACACUCUCGCGACACUUGAACGACGAUUGUUCCGCAAAAGGAGAAAGAAAGGUUAUGCACAGUUCGCGCGGUUUUCUGGUGUCUCAACGUUCUAUUGAUCUUUCUAUUCUUUUUUUUUUUCCGUACUGCCAAUAACGGGAUCGAUUUAACGUAGGGAUAGACGAAAUUCAUUAUGCGAAGCCGUAACUCGUAUUUCAUAUUCAGCGCUAAAUACCCAUCUAAUCCCCGCAAAAGCUUGAGACAUAUUAAAUGCGAGAUCUUUCUACGAGACAAAUAAUCAAACGACAGUACUUGGCGCCGAAUGUGAGAUACGAAACGAGGGGUGAUUAAAUUUAGCGUUUGAGAAAAAAGGGAAGGGAGCGAAUUUCACGGUCGUCGAGCACGAGAUGUUUAUACACCGAUAUUGCAUGACACUCAAUAGUAUUAUUAGUAUUCGAUUUAAGAAACGUCGUUACGAACACGACGAUUGUCUGUAUAUUUUUUUUUUGUAAUGCCAUACUACGUGUUUAGUCGGUCCUCAAAUAGGACGCGGGGCUCGAAAAACCGGUUAUUAGCCGCCAAGCGUGCUACGAGCGUGACGGAAACGUGUAACACGACGCGAACAGAGAACACGAAGCUCUUCACGACACGUUAUAUUAUUAAUAUUCUAUUCGAAUGUACGAGACCAAAGAGGAUUUUGCGAAAGAAGGAGAGAAUUGUCGGGAGCACUUGCGGAGCCGUUUUUAAUUCGGAUCGGCAGCGUGAUUGAUGUCGCGAAACGUCGAUACGUCGAUAUUCCCGAGCGGAGCGAGAAAAAGCAGCGAAAGCGAUAUUUAUUAUUAAUGUCACAGCGCGUCAACGCCACUUUGUCGAUUGGCGAUAAAGCGGCUCCGCAAAUUGUCGCGAUUCAACAAUAUUAGUCUGAUCGAUGGGAUCGGCGUGUGUUCCUCGUGUAUCCAUAUAAAUAUGGAUCGUAAUAUCGAUGCUUGGGCAGCACGAGUGAUUGCGAGAGCUGCAAUUCUUUCCUUAUUAUAGAGCUUUGUACAUAGACGAACGAAAGUUAGAGUAUACCGCUGUAACGCUACUAGCUGUGACACUAUCUCUUAAGUGUAAUUAACUGAUUUAAGGGUGCAACGACUAACCCUCAUUCAGAAUAUAGUUGCGAGGAGUUUCUUCAACGAUAAAGAAAUAUGUUCCGAUUUUAUUCGCAGAAAUAAAGACGAAUCGCGUUCUUUAUGUAUGUAGAUUGAUACAUUUUUUUUCCAGGGAAAUUACUCGAUUGUGUUUUACCGUAAGAAAUAAAUUCUUUUAUUCGAUAAUUUAAAAAAAAUAGUUGAAUAAGUUUUCGUAAUUUAGUCCCUGCAAAAUUCACGAGAGAAGUGCCAUUGUCGGAAACGCUCUUUCUUCGUAAACAUUUUCCCGCUUUAAAAAAAAAAAGAAACAUAUAUUACUUGUUAUUAUCUAAAAAUAAUAUAAAGUGAUAUGGACAAUAUUACAGGAUUUUUAAUUCGAACUGCUAGGUUGAGAAUCGGUAGUUUGUGAUAAAAAUUCUUCGAUAAGGGCACUCUUAGCGUAUCUUUUCCAUUUCUUGUCUAUUGAUUGAAAUUUUUUUACAUGGUAGCAACAUGAACACCAGUAGAUGGUCGACUCGUUAUCGCGUUUAGGCAAACUAAGAUUGUUCUCCUGGAAAUCGUCAGUUUGAUAGCAAUAGAUAUCGUAAACAAAUUAGAGAAGCAGAAAGUAAACGCGGCUGAAUGCGAUUCUGUUUUUUAAGCGAAAGCGAUAAGAGCUCGCCUAACGGAUGCUGAUACGGUAGUGUUGUAUUGAAGUUGCAUUAUAACUUCAAUAUAUGUAGCAAUCUGUAAUAAAAUGUUGUCUGUUUAAUAUUAGAGCAACAGUCUUUCAUCUCGCUGCAUGUUGUGUCGGAACUCGUAAAUUUCAUCGCAUCAAACAGUGUCACAUAAAUUUAGGGUUCGAAACAGUAAAGCGUGUCGUCGAUCUAUGUACAUACGUGUAUAGAGAUAAACCUAGAACUUUGCGCGCGUGUGUGUGUGUGUGCACGCGCAUGUAUGUAUGUGUGCGCAUGAUGCAGAGAGAAGCGAAAUAAAUUGAUGUUUAUACCGAACAUAUACAUUAAAUUACGAGUUUAGGUUUAAGUACGUGGAUACUGUCUAUUUAACUGUACGGUUUAAGCGACGACGAUUGAUUCUUUGCAUUUCAAACUUAAGAGUAGCCGUUAGGUAGCUGUAAGUAUUUAUUAUUAUUAUUUUGUAGCCAUUCGUACUAGGCGGAACGCGUGAGUGUGUGAAAGCGAGAAUAGGUUCUUCAAAUAUUUGGUACGAACAGCAAAAUGCGUGACUCGAAUCGACAGUUGCAUAUGAGUGAUGGACAUUGAGCUCUCUGUCUGGCUCUGUAUUGCAAUCGGAGCUGUCAUCUGGGAAGGAAUAAAAAGUUUUAAUCAACCUCGGCAGUUUUCAAGCUAAUUGAUUCUCCAUCGACAUACAAAUUCCGAGAAAGGUUAGGAAUUUGUUUUUCUUUUUUUUUUUAGAUACUUCUGUUAUCUAGGUUUGCUGCGUACAUUGUCCAGAGCUUGACAGAGAACAAGAAAGGAAUUUUCGUUCGUCGAGGCCCGCGGACUGUAACUCAUUCUGAAAGGGUCGCGAUAAGAGGACUCGGAGAGAUAACGGCUCCGUUAUCAGGGAAUGAACGUAGCACGGAUCGUUUUGUACUUGUAUCCGAUAUUUCAACGACCUUGUACCGAUAUCCCGAGAGAGAAGAUUACAUUAAUAUAUUAAAUCCCUGCGUGUGUACGUAGCCAUUCCGUUAGAGAUGGCGGGGACGGGCGGGAGAACGGAUGAUUAUACAAGUCGGACAAAAUCACACGAUUCUAGAUUCGGCGGGCGUUCUCGCCGGCACAGGUCUAAAUAUUUAUAUAUUAUGCGGAACGAUGACAUUGUAUCGACGUUUACUAUUAUCUUUCACCGUUGAAACUGUGCACAACGUCCCCGAGCGGGACGCGACUUCAAAAAUGUAACAAAAGAAGAAAAUAAAUGCUGUUUAGAGAACUAUAAA